CAACAACAUUGAGACUGCGUCUGGUCUACACCUUUAAGCUUAAACCCCGCCCCUUAUGCAAAUCUGUUUAGUUGCGUCAGCGGAAGCGGUACAUUUAUUUCCGUCUGAUAUUCCCUUUAAAGGCGUAUUUAAAGUGGCUUUCUGCAAGACGUCUAAGACUAAGAGGAUCCUUCCAGUGCACCACAACAGAAAUCAACGCACAAGCUGAGACUGUUGUAAAGACGGAUUGUAAAGGAUUUGCUCACUACAGGGGAUUGUGUACAGAUACACAGGUUUCUGGGUGCCAAAACUGCUGCUUAGCUGGUGCACGGCUGACAACAGUUCAGAGCCACGUCUGUAAAAGAGCUGCUGCAUGCAGGCACAGGAGAUUUAUGAAGCUUUCAAGGCCUUUUGAUUGAUAAGCCACUCGAUGGGGAUUAACCGGCGAGCUCCCUGCUGUGUGUCCUGCCCUGCGGCCCACUGCCUGCCCUCACUCUUCAACACCUCCUUCACCGAAAUCAUGAAACUAGUAUUAACUGAAUGGCAAAUGAUAUGGAUUUUUACUGUUUCCAAUAGACAGUAAAAACACACUCACCACAUACUCAUACCACACAUAUACACUUAGCCAUUUACACACACACACAUACAUACACACACACACACACACACGGUCAUUCCUACUGUCACAUACAUACAUAUAUACAUGCAUACAUUUGCUCACACCAAAGGGAGUGACCUCAUGACAAAGCCAUAUCUCCCUCACGGCUGCCUACCAAAAAACCUGAAAAACUUCAGCUUCACGGCACGUCCAUGAGGAACCAAAACGGAAUGUAUUCUGCACAGUGAGCGCCUGAUUCUCUCAACGGUGUCCUUCGAUCCCAAAAAGGAGCUGCUUGGAUUUUAAUGUCCACCAUUCAUCAUUUGCAUUGAUUUGAUUUGGCUUUAUUUUGGUUUUGCACGUCUGUAAAGAGUGAGGUGUGCUUCACUUGCCGAUUGCAUGCCGACAACGAUGGCGCCCCAGAACACUGAUGCAGAUGCUAUGCAGGUGCAGGAGGUCAUGGUGGUCUCUGCCAAGGCGGCCAGCAGAGGCUCAGAUAGAGGUGGAGGAGGUGACGGGGCUAAUGCAACGGGUGGAGCCAGCAGACGGGAACAGGAGAGUCAGGAGGAGUCUGCAAGCGAGGGUUCUAUAGACAGCAUCCCCUUGCGUCUAUGGGUUAUGAACGGAGCCAUCAUGUUUGGACGAGAGUUCUGCUACGCAAUGGAGACAGCCCUGGUGACUCCCGUGCUGCUGCAAAUUGGUCUUCCAGAACAGUACUACAGCCUAGUGUGGUUCCUGAGCCCCAUCCUGGGCCUCAUGUUUACUCCUUUGAUCGGAUCAGCAAGUGAUCGCUGCACUUUGCGCUGGGGUCGGCGCCGACCCUUCAUCCUGGCACUGUGUGUGGGUGUGCUUCUCGGCGUAGCACUCUUUCUCAACGGAUCUUUAAUAGGUUUGGCUAUAGGAGACAUGCCCAACCGGCAGCCUAUAGGCAUUGUGCUGACCGUGCUUGGUGUGGUAGUGCUUGACUUCUGCGCAGACGCAGCCGAGGGGCCAAUCAGAGCAUAUCUGCUGGAUGUGGCUGAUACAGAAGAGCAGGAUAUGGCUCUCAACAUUCAUGCCUUCUCAGCAGGACUGGGAGGCGCCGUGGGCUAUGCACUUGGUGGUCUUGACUGGACAAACACCUUCCUUGGUCAGGCUUUUAAGUCCCAGGAACAAAUCCUGUUUGUGUUUGCUGCUGCAAUAUUCAUCGUCUCAGUGACACUGCACCUCUUCAGCAUCGAGGAGGAACAGUAUAUCCCGCAGCAGGAACGACUGGAUGAGGAGGCUGACGGGACAGCCUCUGUCAAACUGAAUGUCCUGCUUGGUCUUCCGUCAUCGCAGCAACAGCUGGAUCUGAUUCCUGAGGAUGAGCCCUAUGAGCAUGAAUCCCACUCGGCUGAGCCAGAGCUGGACUACCUGGAUAUGGAGCUGGUGCGCAGUAAGAGUGACUCAGUGCUGGCCAUGACUGAUGGAACUCUGGAGCAUGAGGCGCUCUUUUUACGCCAGAUCGAGCCUUCCAUCUUUCACGAUCGUUUAUCAUCAUUCUACGGCAGCCAAGAGUUCCCACAUGGGCGCUUCAGCCUCGGCCGUCUGUCAUCCUUAGUGCACGAGCCAGAAGGUGAAGAGGUGCCACUCCAUGCCAAACCCAAAGCCUCCAAUGGUCAACCAGCCGGGCACAGUGAUCCCACUGGACAUUCCCAGCCACUUUCAACAAAUGCACUCAAAUCCUCCAGUGCUGGAGCUGCCAUCCGGCGCCGGCGCCACACUUUCUACCGUCAGUCAUCCUGUACUUUUUCCUACUACGGACGUCUUGGCUCUCAUCGCUACCGCUACAGGCGUGCCAAUGCCGCCGUGCUUAUAAAACCAUCACGCAGCAUGAACGAUAUCUACGAGAUGCAGCAGCGCCAGAGGAGGGGACAGCGGCACAGGGCUCGACACCAAAGCGGAAACACUACAUCCAGUGGAGACACCGAGAGCGAGGAAGGUGAAAUAGAGACUACUGUACGGCUACUCUGGAUGUCCAUGCUAAAGAUGCCCAAAGAAUUACUUCGGCUCUGUCUUUGUCACCUGCUCACCUGGUUCUCCAUCAUCGCUGAAGCCGUGUUCUACACUGACUUUAUGGGACAGGUCAUCUAUGAGGGUGACCCUAAGGCUCCUUCAAACUCUACGGAGCUGCAGAGUUACCAUAAAGGAGUGCAGAUGGGCUGCUGGGGGCUGGUAAUCUACGCUGCUACGUCUGCUGUUUGCUCAGCUUUACUCCAAAAGUAUCUGGACAACUUUGACCUCAGCAUAAGGGUCAUCUACAUUCUGGGCACUCUGGGUUUCUCCAUCGGCACGGCCAUCAUGGCUAUCUUCCCAAAUGUCUAUGUGUCCAUGGUGAUGAUCAGUAGUAUGGGUAUCAUCUCCAUGAGCAUCUCCUACUGUCCGUAUGCUCUACUGGGCCAGUACCAUGAGAUCAAAGAGUAUAUCCAUCACAGCCCUGGCAACUCAAAGCGAGGCUUCGGCAUCGACUGUGCGAUCCUAUCAUGCCAAGUGUACAUCUCGCAGAUCAUCGUGGCGUCAGCAUUGGGUGCAGUGGUGGAUGCAGUGGGCAGCGUACGUGUUAUCCCCAUGGUGGCGUCUGGUGGCUCCUUCCUGGGUUUCUUGUCUGCUUGCUUCCUGGUCAUCUAUCCAGGAGAUGGUGAUGGAGAGAAGAGUGAGCAGAACAAAGCACUCACCAAUUCGAGCAAUGCAGAGAAUGACCCCAGCACCGAGAAGCCUAGUGUCCUGAAGCUCACACGCAAAGGCACCACCACCACAACCUGCAACGUGGAGUGUGAGUCCACACUGUGAUGAAGAUUAGUGGCUGUGGAGCACACAUUCCCUACAUCCCAGCUUGAUUCUGCUUUCACCAGGGAGUGGUGUAGAUUUUAUUUGUUUGUUCAUUUGUUUGUAGAGGUGGCAUUAGCAUUCUUGAUCCUCAGGGCCACCAGGGGGUGCAGGACACUAGAAAAAAUGACAAGGGCAUUGUGGUCUGUCCCGUUCUUUCAAUAUACAUUAAUCUAUUUAAGCAUGUACUUCAUCCAAUCAAAGAUCCUACUUCCACUCUAAGUGCAAGAUCUAAUCACGUAAUCCAAUCUAAUCAAAAUGAAAAUAAGUUGUGUAAGAUAAUCAUUUGGAUUCUAGGUUUCUCUUCAAUUGAUUAUUCCUUCUAUUCCGAGUGUUUCUUUGGCCUUAUGGCCUCCUGUCCAUGAAGAGGAAGUUUCUCCAAGUACAUUAAAUAACAUUUAAUCCUUGUUUCUUAAAAUGUCUAAACUCCUGGUGGAUGUAUGUGUGGUAGUUUAAGUUGAUCAGUGGCAAAACGCCCUAAGGUUUAAAACAGACCCAAAUCCUUACCUUUUUAUAGUGUUUCAGUUUGUGCAAAACUGCUAAAGUUAGUGCUGGGAGAAGAAAUUGAUCCCCUUAAAGAUUCCUACCUUUCCCAUGGUCCUUUGCUCUCUCUUUGAGCAGUUCAUAUAAUCAUAUAUAUCAAUUUGCUACUUAACAAAUAAUGUUGUAACAAAUCUCAAUGCUGCAAAUGAGUCUAUAGAGCACAUACCAAAUGAAGCAAUUAAGUAAAUAUGUGAAGCUAUUGGAAGAUGCUUUGUGUGUCUUUCAGUUUAGUUUUCAGUAACAGGAUAUAAUUGGAGUCAGCGCAGUUGUCGUAUAAAGUCAGUGCCUGUACAUGGGGCUUGAGGUGAUUGGGAAGGUACCUGUGGAACAUGUCUUAACUUUUCGACAGAACUUAAGCUGUGCAGUAAUUCAGCUGAAAAAAAAAUUGUUUGGAAUUUAGUUCUGAUUACAAUUCUGUUUUGUAUUUUAUUGACCGAGUUUGGGACUGGAGUGCUGAACCCUCGGUAGUAAACGUUUACAUUCUCUUUCACUGCUGCAUUGCACUGCACUGCACUGUUUUUAGACCCUUCCACACCAAGAUCUCCCAAGUUACAUGUCAUCUUUGGCACCUUGGCUCCUCCAUGGCCUCCGGUUCAGUUCCAGUUUACUCUACAACCAUGCAAUAUGCCUGUGAUGGUGGGCGCUGUGGUGGUUGUGUGCGUAAUCGUUCCAACUGUUCUUCUGGGUUAGUUACAUUUGGAGAAAGCGGUGAGAUUUCUGACUUGCUCAAGGCUGGAAGACCAGUCAAGUCAG